AUGCUAAAAGGUGUCUUUGGGCACAAGAACCCAAGACCGUGCAACUCCUGCAGGAUGCCCUACGCACUCUGCUGUCCCCACUGGCUGAAUUCCGAACCCAGCCGCCUGGAUAUACACAGUCGACGCAGCUCCAACUCGCCGAGACGGGAAGGGAAACACACUGGCGGAUUCCGAGUCGCCGGCGGGGAGAGCGAGAGCCCGGGUCCGGGGUGGACUCGAGCGUCCGCGGCUCGGAGGCCUGCCCCGAGUCCCCCGAACCCGCCCCCCGCCCCCCUCCUAAGGGCCGACCGGUACGCACUCGCUUCCGGCGGGCCCCAGUGCUCCGGGAACCGGUGGAACCCAGCCCGAGGCGGGCCUCGCCCCUACUUACCGCUGCGGAUCCGGCCCCGCGUGGCGCGCAUUGUUUGCCCCGCCCCGAGCGCGGCUGCCGCAACCACCCGCCUUAAAGGGCCCGGACCCGAAAGACCGCCGGGCGCCUGCAGCGAGUGCGGCAGGCGGCGGGGGUGGGCGGUGCGCGCCGGGCGACACGCGUUUCCGGUCCCACCUCCCCCAGACAGGUGUUUCCCGAGCGCUGGGGCACGCGGCGUCGCAGGUGUGCUGGCCGCGCCCUGGAGGAGGACACUGGGGGAGAGGGCAUCAGGCCUCCCUCCGGUGGGUCCCCAAAGUAUUCAGACCACCAAAUCGGUUUCCCGGCCGCCGAGGGCAGCGUGGGCGAAGGCAGCGAGGUGUGGAGCCGCGGAUUCAGUUGCUCGCCGCUGGGAUCCUCAGAUGAUCCCAGACCAACCCUACGAACAUUCCACACCAGCGACCUCUCAGCGCCAUGACCUUGCGGAUCUGGGUUUCUCAUCUUCUCUUGGGGCCGAUGCUGUACCACCGUUCCUGUGCCCGGGCAUGGGGCAAAGCCGGGGACCUGGCCUGUCUCCUCUCUGCCCAUUUUCUGUCACUGACACAGCUACGUUCAUCUUUGUACCACAGACCUGUUGCUCACGACCCCUUCCUCUUCCACUCCCUGCUAUUUCUUGCUCUUCACACAUGGAAGAUCCUGGACAGGUCCAUCUCUCCAGGCUGAAGCAACAUGAAGAGACUUUAUGACCUUUUAAUUACCG